AUGGAGCAGCGGCUACGCGCGCUGGAGCAGCUGGUGCGGAAUGAGGCCGGCGGUGGCCCGGGACUCGACGGCCUCUUGGAUCUGCUGCUGGGGCUGUACCACGAACUCAGCAGCGCCCCCCUGCGCCGGGAGCGCAACGUGGCGCAGUUUCUGAGCUGGGCCAGUCCCUUCGUUACAAAAGUGAAGGAGCUGCGGCUACAGAGAGAUGACUUUGAGAUCUUGAAGGUCAUCGGCCGAGGUGCCUUUGGGGAGGUCGCUGUGGUGAGGCAGAGGGACAGUGGGCAGAUUUUUGCCAUGAAAAUGCUGCACAAGUGGGAGAUGCUGAAGAGGGCUGAGACAGCCUGUUUCCGGGAGGAGCGAGAUGUUCUGGUGAAGGGGGACAGCCGUUGGGUGACUGCUCUACACUAUGCCUUCCAAGAUGAGGAGUACUUGUACCUAGUGAUGGACUAUUAUGCUGGAGGGGACCUCCUCACACUGCUGAGCCGCUUUGAGGACCGUCUCCCACCAGAGCUGGCCCAGUUCUACCUGGCUGAGAUGGUGUUGGCCAUCCAUUCGCUGCAUCAGCUGGGCUAUGUCCACAGGGAUGUCAAGCCAGACAAUGUCCUGCUGGACACGAACGGGCACAUCCGCCUGGCUGACUUUGGCUCCUGUCUGCGUCUCAACGACAGUGGCAUGGUGGAUUCAUCAGUAGCAGUAGGGACACCGGACUACAUCUCCCCUGAGAUCCUGCAGGCCAUGGAAGAGGGCAAGGGCCACUAUGGUCCACAGUGCGACUGGUGGUCUCUGGGAGUCUGUGCCUAUGAGCUGCUCUUCGGUGAAACGCCCUUCUAUGCUGAAUCCCUGGUGGAAACCUAUGGCAAGAUCAUGAACCAUGAGGACCACCUGCAGUUCCCCUCAGAUGUGCCUGACGUGCCAGCUAGUGCCCAGGACCUGAUCCGUCAUCUGCUAUGCCGCCAAGAGGAGCGGCUGGGCCGUGGUGGGCUGGACGACUUUCGGAACCAUCCCUUCUUUGAAGGUGUGGAUUGGGAGCGGCUAGCAACCAGCACAGCCCCCUAUAUUCCUGAGCUACGUGGACCCAUGGACACCUCCAACUUUGACGUGGAUGAUGACACCCUCAACCAUCCAGAGACCCUGCCUCCACCCUCCCAUGGGGCUUUCUCAGGCCACCACCUGCCAUUUGUGGGCUUCACCUAUACCUCAGGCAGUCCUGGUCCUGAAAGCAGCUCUGAGCCAGCAGCUGCCCUGGAACAGAAGCAGGAGAAGGUGGAGCUGAGCUGGAAGCACCAAGAGGCCCUGAACAGCCCCUCAGAGCCCCAGGAGCUGUUGCAGCUGCAGAAGGAAGUACAGAGUCUGCACAAGAGGCUGGCAGAGACUCUGAGGGACAGUGAGGUCCCCUUGUCACAGACUGAUGGGUUUCCUGCUGCUAGUCCUGGCCAAGACAGUGACUUAAAGCUCGAGAAGGACCGCCUUCAGCAGGAGUUAGCUGAAGCUCGGGCAGGGCUGCAGGUGCAGGCACAGGAGCUGAUCAGAGCCCAGGCCCAGCAGGAGGAGCUGAUGCAAAGGCUGCAGGAGGCCCAGGACAGAGAGGCAGCCGCAGCCAGCCAGACUCAGGCCCUGAGCUCUCAGCUGGAAGAAGCCAGGGAUGCACACAGGGAGCUGGAGGGCCAAGUGGCUGCCCUGAACCAGGAGGUGACACGGCUUCAGGGACAAUGUGAGCGAAGUCUUGAGAAGGAGUCUUCCCUGACCCAGCCCAUCCACAUAGCCUCUGAGACCAACGGCACAGGAUUACCCGAGGCGGGACCUCAAGAGGCCCAACUGAGGAAAGAGGUGGCUGCUCUGAGGGAACAGUUGGAGCAGGCCUGCAGCAUUGGGAGCAUUGGGCAGGAGGAAGUCCUGUGCCAGCUGCAGGAGGAGAACCAGCGGCUGAGCCGGGAGCAGGAGCGGCUAGCGGAAGAACUGGAGCAGGAGCUUCAGAGCAAGCGGCGAUUGGAGGGCGAACGGCGGGAGACUGAGAGCAACUGGGAGGCUCAGAUUGCUGACAUCCUCAACUGGGUGAAUGAUGAGAAGGUCUCCAGAGGCUACCUGCAGGCCCUGGCCACGAAGAUGGCUGAGGAACUGGAGUCCUUACGGAACGUAGGCACCCAGACACUCCCUACCCGACCUCUGGACCACCAGUGGAAGGCACGGCGGCUGCAGAAGAUGGAGGCGUCGGCCCGGCUGGAGCUGCAGUCAGCGCUGGAGGCUGAGAUCCGUGCCAAGCAGGGUCUGCAAGAGCGGCUGACGCAGGUUCAGGAGGCCCAGCUGCAGGCUGAGCGCCGCCUGCAAGAGGCCGAGAAGCAGAGCCAGGCCCUUCAUCAGGAGGUAGCUGAAUUACGGGAGGAGCUGCGGGCCCGAGGACCAGGAGACGCCAAACCUUCAAGCUCCCUCAUCCCCUUCCUGUCCUUCUGGAACACAGAGAAGGAUUCCGCCAAGGACUCUGGCAUCUCAGGAGAGGCCUCCAGGCCUGGAGCAGAGCCAGAGCUGAGGCCGGAAGGCCGUCGCAGCCUGCGAAUGGGGGCUGUGUUCCCUAGAGUACCUGUGGCCACCACUACCCCUGCAGAAAGUCCUCCUGCUAAGCCUGGCUUACACACACUGCGCCCCCGGAGUUUCCCGUCGCCCACCAAGUGUCUCUGCUGCACUUCUCUGAUGCUGGGCCUGGGCCGCCAGGGCCUGGGCUGUGAUGCUUGUGGCUACCUCUGUCACUCAGCCUGUGCCCCACAGGCCCCGCCCUGCCCCGUACCCCCUGACCUCCUCCGAACGGCCCUGGGAGUGCACCCUGAAACUGGCACUGGUACUGCCUAUGAAGGCUUCCUGUCGGUACCACGGCCCUCAGGCGUCCGGCGGGGCUGGCAGCGGGUCUAUGCAGCCCUCAGUGACUCACGGCUACUGCUGUUUGAUGCCCCUGACCCACGGGCCAGCCCAGCCAGUGGGGCCCUUCUGCAGGCCUUGGAUCUGAGGGAUCCCCAGUUCUCGGCCUCCCCCGUCCUGGCCUCAGAUGUUAUCCAUGCUCAAUCCAGGGACCUGCCACGAAUCUUUAGGGUGACGGCCUCCCAGCUAACAGUGCCACCAACCACAUGCACUGUGCUGCUCUUGGCCGAGAACGAGGAGGAGCAGGAGCGCUGGCUGCAGGUGUUGGGUGAGCUGCAGCGGCUGCUGCUGGACACACGGCCAAGGCCCCGGCCCGUGUACACACUCAAGGAGGCCUAUGACAACGGGCUGCCGCUGCUGCCCCACACACUCUGUGCUGCCAUCAUUGACCAGGAGCGGCUUGCCCUGGGCACCGAAGAGGGGCUGUUUGUGAUCCAUCUGCACAGCAACGAUAUCUUCCAGGUGGGGGAGUGCCGGCGGGUGCAGCGGCUGGCUGCGAGCCCUGCAGCAGGCCUUCUGGUUGUGCUGUGCGGCCGUGGCCCCAGCGUGCGCCUCUUUGCCUUGGCGGAGCUAGAGAGCUCAGAGGUGGCAGGCACCAAGAUCCCUGAGUCCCGAGGCUGCCAGGCAUUGGUAACUGGGCGCAUCCUGCAGGCCCGCACCCCUGUGCUCUGUGUGGCCGUUAAACGCCAAGUGCUCUGCUACCAGCUGGGCCCAGGACCAGGACCCUGGCAACGCCGCAUCCGGGAGCUGCAGGCACCUGCACAUGUGCAGAGCCUGGUGCUGCUAGGUGACCGGCUCUGUGUUGGUGCUGCUGGAACCUUCGCACUCUACCCGCUGCUCAACGAGGCUACGCCCUUAGCGCUGGGGGCUGGCCUGGUGCCUGAGGAAUUGCCACCAUCCCGCGGGGGCCUAGGUGAAGCACUAGGUGCUGUGGAGCUCAGCCUCAGUGAGUUCCUGCUGCUCUUCGCCACUGCUGGUGUCUACGUAGAUGGCGCUGGCCGCAAGUCUCGUGGCCAUGAGCUGCUGUGGCCAGUGGCCCCCACGGGCUGGGGGUACACAGCCCCCUACCUGACAGUGUUCAGCGAGAGCUCCAUUGAUGUGUUUGACGUGAGGAGAGCAGAAUGGGUCCAGACUGUGCCGCUCAAGAAGGUGCGGCCCCUGAAUCCAGAGGGCUCCCUGUUCCUUUAUGGCACCGAGAAGGUCCGUCUGACCUACCUCAGGAAUCCGCUGGCAGAGAAGGACGAUUUUGACAUCCCCGAUCUCACCGACAACAGCCGGCGCCAGCUAUUCCGCACCAAAAGCAAGCGCCACUUCUUCUUCCGCGUGUCCGACGAGCAGCGGCAACAGCAGCGCAGGGAGAUGCUAAAGGACCCUUAUGUGCGCUCCAAGCUCAUCUCACCGCCCACCAACUUCAACCACCUCGUUCACGUGGGCCCUACUGAUGGGAGGCCCAGUGCCAGGGACCUACCCAGGGUUCUGGAACAGAAGGGGCGAGGUGCCCGCAGCUCUGGCUCACAACGGCCGCACAGCUUCUCAGAGGCAUCCCGGCGCCCAGGGUCCAUGGGCAGUGAUGGCCUUCCUGGAGAUGCAGACCCCACAGUGAAGAGGAAACCUUGGACCUCUCUGUCCAGCGAAUCAGUGUCCUGCCCCCAGGGGUCACUGAGCCCUGCGGGCUCCCUGAUACAGGUCUCAGAGCGACCCCGAAGCCUCCCACCAGCCCCGGAGUCAGAGGGCUCCAGUUGA